AACAAUUGUAUAUCCUGCUCCUUAUUUCAUCUCGAUUUAAGAUGCAGGCUGGUUAGUGUUCCGGGGAAAGUCUGCUCGCUCUCCGUUCCAUUUCUCCCGAUAAUCCAAUUUUGCCGAUACCAACUCGCCUACGAUCCAGUCAGUUCAAAACAGAAAGUGUUUUCACAAGCCAGAAGAAAAAGGGGGAGCGCCAGCUGUGUUCUUUGCCUUCACCAGUUCAGACAGACAGCAGGAGACUGUUUCACUGUUUGCACUUAGACAAGACAACGGGGAGCAGGGAACUUCGCCGCUUUUGUGCCGAUAUCUCUGAAUCGUUCUCAGAAUUGUCAAGGCGUCCGAUUAUAAAUGGUGACUUUCCUUGGAUCAGAUUGAAUUUCGGAUUAGUGCUGGGCUGGUCGGAUUUCCACAGAUUGUUUGCAACAAAGGUGAAAUAAGUCUGGAAAUGGCUUCAUACCAUACAAUAAGUCUUCUUCCCGUCAUCUUCUACAUCCUUCCAUCAUUUGCAGACUGUUUCUUGGAUUUAUUUUGUAACUCUUCGGUGACAGGAAUAUUUAACAAAGACACUAAACUACUGUGCGCACUCACUUCACAAGAGGAGUGGAACUUGACAGACAUUGUACUAGUUAAACAGGGAGAAAAUGUAAAAGUGUUUAACUUCAAGAAAAGCGUCAAUGAAGUUCAGGGUCGGAUUAAAUUACUUCACCCAGCAUCUCAAGACAUAUCACUGGUGAUCCAGAACACACAGUUGUCAGAUAAUGGGAUAUAUCAAUAUCAAUUGCAGACAACUGUUGGUCACAAAAAUGCUGACAUCAAUUUGAAGGUUAAAGCUCCAUACAACAUGACUGUUUUCCCAAACAUCGUAUCAUCGAGAAUAGUCAGCGUCACUUGUGAAGCAACUGGAUAUCCACUGGGUCAGAUGCACUGGUUCUUGAAUACAAAAACAAACCUCACAUCCAAUACUAAUACUAGUAUUGAAGAAACACCACAGGGACUGUACAAGAUCAGCAACACACUUCCAACCAAGGAAAAAAUAGAAACCUCAGAAGGUGUUUAUACUUGUGCCAUGUGGAGCAUAGAAGACAGUAAAUAUGAGGUGAAGGAAAAUAUUUCAUUCUCUCAUCCAAAUUCGACCUCGACUGAGAUUUCUGGAAAGGAAAGGAAAAAAGCUUUCGUAAUUGUCCCUGUGAUUAUGGCAUUACUUUUUGUUGCAUUAGUAAUCUCUGCUGUUCUGCAAUUUAGGAGAAGAUCGCAUGUAGCAAGUCCACUGAUGGCAACAACUUUAAGAAAAUGUGAUAUGAUAUAUCAACCAAAUCCUAUCUUAUGUGAAUGAGGGAAGAUGAAUUUAAACCAUGAGUUAUUUCACAUACUGUCACUUCCUGUAUUAUGAUCAUCUCAAAACUGAUUUUAAUGCAACUCUCGUCCAGAAUAAUACACCGAGUGUCUUAUGGCAUUCGACUGAACUCUUCACUAAUCCUUUCUCUGCAAAGAAACAAUGAUUCACAUUAGUUUUCUAUGAACACCAUCAGCCAAACACAGUGUUCAAAUGCAAAAGUCUACAUGCUAAAGAACUUGGCUUUCAAUCCAGGCUGGUGUUUGUCAAGAAGAUCCCUAUUUUGCAGCAGAGGUAAAAAUUGGAUCAAUCACAGUGCGCUGGGAAAGAAAAAGAAUAUUUUCAACACAGUUAACUCUGAACAUACACUUGUGGUUUUCUUACAGAAAUACUGUGAAUGGUUUUGACUGUUGGACUGUAUUUCUCACUUGGGUUAAGAGGAAUCGUGGCUGCAGGAAAUUAACUUGAAAAACUGAAAUUUCAGUAUUUUCUGAAAUGUAAACACUGAUCAUUAUGUUUGUACGCUAAUUACUUUAAAUCACUCCAAUGUAAAACACAUUGAUUUAUAUUAAUUUCCAACAUGUUACAUUACUUCUAUGUCAUUGUUGGAGAUAUUUGAUAGAAGUGAAUAAAUGUACAGUUUUAUUACAA